GUAGGCCUCGAACGCGUAGUUCCGCUGCCCUCGCGCUUCCAGGAGCUCCUGGGGGGAGCUUGGCGGCUUUCCCACCAGCUUCGUGUUCUCGCCCGGCCUCUCCGGAGUUCCGCUCUGCCUGCCCGGGCCAGAGUUUCUGGUUUGGGGAAGAUGACAGAGGAACUGGAUCUCAUGGGACAGGACUCUGAUGGGGGUAGUGAGGAGGUGGUCCUCACACCUGCAGAGCUCAUUGAAAGGCUGGAGCGGGCCUGGAUGAAUGAAAAGUUUGCCCCGGAGCUGCUGGAGAGCAAGUGUGAGAUUGUAGAAUGCGUCAUGGAACAGCUAGAGCACAUGGAAGAGAAUCUCAGGAGAGUUAAAAAGGAGGAUCUGAAGGUCAGCAUCCAUCGGAUGGAGAUGGAGAGGAUCCGCUACGUCCUCAGCAGCUACUUGCGGUGUAGACUCACAAAGAUAGAGAAGUUUUUCCCUCAUAUCCUUGAGAAGGAGAAAACGCGCCCUGAGGGGGAGCCUUCCAGCCUUUCUCCAGAGGAGUUUGCCUUCGCCAGAGAGUACAUGGCUAACACGGAGACCUACCUCAAAAAUGUCGCCUUAAAGCAUAUGCCUCCUAACCUACAGAAGGUGGACCUCCUGAGGUCGGUUCCCAAACCAGAUCUAGAUUCCUAUGUGUUUCUGAGAGUCAGAGAACGACAAGAAAACAUACUGGUAGAACCAGAAACAGAUGAGCAGAGGGACUACGUGAUUGACCUGGAGAAGGGCUCGCAGCACUUGAUCCGAUAUAAAACCAUUGCACCUCUGGUUGCUUCUGGAGCCGUACAGCUAAUUUAAAACUAAAAAUAAACAAGAAUGAAGACACGGAAGCUUAGGGAAAAUAUUAGAAACCCCUCGAAUCAUUUUGUGCCUGAGGACAAUGAGGAAGUAGUUCUGACAUCACACUUUUCCUGGCAGUGCUAUGGAUUACUUGGGCAUUGAAAAGGAGCUCAAGGCAGGGUUCCUCCUUUCUGCCGUGCCAGCCGGCAUCAGCAGAUGGGGCCACUGCUCCGCCUGUCGUGCACACUGCGCCGCUGAAUGGAGACUGGCGCUUUGCGCACCUUUUCCCUUCACGGUACUUUCCCAGCUAAGGAAAGUAAAGCAAAGGUAGUUCAUGAAAGGCCUCGCUGCCUGUGAUCGGGUGACUGUAUUUAGCCCUAACCUGGUGAUAGUAGGAGAGUUCAGUUAACCUUUCUGAUAGGAAGACUGUAAAUAGAUUAAAGGAAGCAUCUGUGGCUUUCUGUAAUACAUCAUUGGAUUGUGUGAACUAACCUUUGGGAUCCUCUAAUACUGGACUGAAAACCAAUUUCUGUCAUGCUUAAC